AUGGGUUCCAGCUUGGAGAAUCCAAGUGACGCUGGCAUCGAGAAGGGCGUCAAGGUCACCGACUAUGACAACAACGGCGAUGUCCAGACCGGUGCCGGCUUUGCUUUCGAGCAGGAGAGCUACCUGACCCGAAAUGGUCUCACUCUUGAGUCCUUCAAGCAGCGCCGCUUCGACGGUGCUGUCGAGCUCGAUCGUCGAAUGAAGCCCCGCCAUCUGCAGAUGAUUGCCAUCGGUGGCUCUAUCGGUGCUGGUUUCUUCGUCGGUUCUGGAAAGGCCCUUUACAACGGUGGCCCUGCUUCUCUCACCAUUGAUUUCCUCAUCAUUGGUGUCAUGAUCUUCAACGUCGUCUUCGCUCUUGGUGAACUUGCUGUCAUGUAUCCCGUCUCCGGUGGCUUCUACAUCUACUCGUCUCGCUUUAUCGAUCCUUCCUGGGGUUUUGCCAUGGGCUGGAACUAUGUCGCGCAAUGGGCAGUCGUCUUACCACUCGAACUAACAGUCUGUUCCGUCUGUAUCCAAUAUUGGAACGAUGAACUAUCACCGGGUAUAUUCAUCACCAUCUUCCUCGUCGCCAUCAUCUUCAUCAACGUUUUCGGUGGUAUCGGAUACGCCGAGGAGGAGUUCUGGUCGUCUUGCCUCAAGCUGGGAGCUAUCGUCGUCUUCAUGGUCAUUUGCCUCGUCCUCGUCUGCGGUGGCGGUCCCAGCAACGGCCGCUACAACGAGUUCUGGGGUGACCGUCUCUGGCACGAGGAUCCCGGUGCGUUCAAGAACGGCUUCAAGGGCUUCUGUUCCGUCUUCGUCACUGCUGCUUUCUCUUUUGCCGGAACUGAGCUUGUCGGUCUUGCUGCCGCCGAGUCCAAGAACCCUACCAAGGCUCUUCCCGGCGCCAUCAAGCAGGUUUUCUGGCGAAUCACCCUCUUUUACGUCCUCGGUCUCCUCUUCGUCGGUCUUCUCAUCAGCUCCGCCGACCCCCGACUUGACAUUAGCGGUUACUCCAACGCCAAGGCCUCUCCUUUCGUCUUGGUUGGCGAGUACUCGGGUCUCACUGGCCUUAACCACUUCAUGAACUGUAUCAUCCUCGUCUCGGUUCUUUCCCUUGGUGUUUCGGCUGUCUAUGGCGGCUCUCGUACCCUGACUGCCAUGGCUGAGCACGGCUACGCCCCCAAGAUCUUUGCCUACAUUGACCGCGGCGGUCGUCCCACCUUCUCUGUCCUCAUCCACAUCGUCAUGGGUUUCCUCGCCUAUGUCAACCUUGACCCCAAGGGUGGAGAGAUCUUUGACUGGCUCCUGGCUCUUUCUGGUCUGUCGACUCUAUUCACCUGGGGCUCUAUCUGCCUGGCCCACAUCCGUUUCCGCAAGGCUUGGGCUCACCAGGGUCACACUCUGGAUGAGAUCCCCUUCCAGGCUGUUGGUGGCGUCUAUGGCUCGUGGCUCGGCCUUUUCCUCAUCUCUCUCGUCUUGAUCGCCCAGUUCUACGUCGCCAUUGUCGCUCCCCCUGGCUCGUCCGGUAUGGGCACUGUUGAAGGCUUCUUCAUGUCAUACCUGGCCCUCCCCGUCGUUCUCUUCUUCUGGGCCGUCGGAUAUAUCUGGAAGCGAGAGGGUUGGCUGUCUGUUGAUAAGAUUGAUAUCGACACUGGUCGUCGUGAGCAUGACUGGGAGGAGAUCAACAAGUUCAGGGCUGAGAUGGCUACAUGGCCCGCUUGGCGCCGCUUCCUCCACAAGAUCAUGUAA